AUGUUUGCUAAGAGCUCUGCUUCGGCCGGCCUUUUGGUCGCUCUGUUCAGCUAUGUGUCUGCGAGCCCGGUGCUCUUGAAGAGAGAGCCCGCAGCGCCGGCCAACCUGGUCUUGUCUCCGGCCGGUAACGGUGGAUCGGACUUGAAGCUUGCUACCCAGGACCACUUCAUCUGGACUCAUGAAGAUCAAGGCAUCUAUGCCAACUUGACCAUCACAGCCAACCAGGGCGUCCGUCUCCUCAGCGCGCUCAGCUUCCAAAACGUCGUGGAAUCCGUCGACUGCAGCUCCCAAGACGUCACCGUCAAGUUCGACAGCGCCACCUCCCUGAAGGCUGCCCAGACUGCCUGGGCCUGGGUCAACCAGGCGCCCGCCAACACCAUCAUCUACAUCGCCGAAGGUGAUACUUGCGCCGGCGACAGCGGCCGACAGCCCUUCUCCGUCGAGUCCGUCACCUACGACGCCACGGCCAACACGGCCACGCUGGCUGCCACCAAGGCCGCGUGGAAGAGCUUCGCCCAGGACGCCAGCAUCCGAAUCAGCGGCACUCCGGCCACGGGCACCAGCACUCGCUCCGUUAGCAAGGAUGUGGCCAUUGACGUGAGCCACGACUUCUCCGGCCCCAUCUACAGCACCACCAUCGACGGCGUCAACCUCGGCAUCUCGUGCUCGACGUGCAACACGCAGGGCACGCUAAACGCCGACAUCACGCUCUCGCUGUCCGACGGCUUCGAGGCCUCGGUCACGACGUCCAACAGCCUCGGCGCCACCUUCGAGGUCAGCCUCACUGCCAGCGGUGGCCUCACUUCGCCGCUGUCCACCAACAUCCCCAUUUUCAGCACCGCCCUGGCCGGCUUCACCAUCGCCGACGUCGUCACCAUCGGCCCUCAGCUGCAGCUCGUCGCCGAGGCCUCCAUCUCCAGCUUCACCGCAUCUGCUACCGCUACCGUCGGCGUCGAGGCGACCCUGCCCGACGGCUCUGGCUUCACUCUCGGCCAGGGCGUCAACAUCAGCCCCGUCAUCCAGGCCAAGGGCCUCGGACUCAGCGGCCAGGUCUCCAUCGCCGCCAGCAUCGUCCCAACCGCCACUCUGCAACUUGCCGCCACCUUCUUCGACGAGGGUCUCGUCGGAGGCAUUGCCCUCAAGGCGCCUCAGCUGACUGCCAACUUUGCCGGAGCUGCUAGCACUGCUGGCGAGACUGCUUGCGGAAACAGCACUGCCGAAGUCUCUGUCGAGAUUGACGCCGGUGUUGAGCUCGAUGCUUUUGGUGGAUUCGGAGGAGACACUGACCAGCCCAACUUGACCAAGAUCUUCUCUGCUUCCACGACUCUGUGGAAGGCUUGCUUGGUUGUGUAA